AUGGCAGUCUUAGGGUCAUCCUUUUUGCGUAAGAUACUCGAAAAAAUACUCAAUUCAGUGAUUGGAGCGGGACUCUUUUGUGGAUUUAUGACCAUACCCACCAUAGCUCUGCACUGCUAUCUCUUCGUUGGCCCCAGCUUCUUGACAGAAGACAACCAGAGACGGGUAGCAGCAAUGGCUGGUUUUGUUACGGGACAAUUCGUGAUGUUCACAUCGGUCUAUACUAAGCCGCUCUAUGAAGGAUUGGUUCAACCUCAUCGCAUGUUCUUGUUCUUUCUGGCAUUUUUCUUGGUUCAGCUCUUAUGGACCAGUCUAACAACUUUGCGCAACUGGCCGCUUUUGGAUCUUAAAGAAAACGCAACGAUAGUGGGAAGUCGCCUCUUCUUCCUUCAAUUGGAAUUUUUGAUAACUUUCUUUGUGCAAUUGUACAACCCGUACAUUCCACCGGAUUCAAUGAUCUUCCCAUUAGUCAACAGCUAUCUUAAAGACAAGGCGAACAAACUACUAUUUGUAAGAAGUAGUUUUGCUG